GAGGAAGAAUUCAUCCGUCUCACAAAAGUGGAAGGACUAGUUUCAGAGACAGAAGCCGAGCAAGUCUUUAACCAACUAAAACCCAUCGCGCCCUCAUUCCUCAUUGGAAAGUGGAAAGGCGGCGACCUCAACAGGGCAUACUUUCGGUCUGAGAAUGACGGUGACCCAAUCAUGGUUCUAGAUGAGCAGGGGAACCGGAUCUGGAAUAAAGACUGGGGUCACUGCUUGCUUCGUGAAAUGGUCUUUCGUGGCGUGACUUCAACUGCUAUGAUCUAUGAUGAAAAGCCGAUUUUUGACCAUUUCCGGUAUAUUAAUGAGAAUGUUGUUGCGGGUGCCAUGGAUUGUCCCAAGGUAUUUGGGUCUGAGUCUACCUACUACUUCUAUCUUACUCGCCUUGAAUAG